GCUGACUGUGUUUCAGCUCUGCCGGUGGGUUGUUUUCUGCUUGUUUGGGGUUUUUUAAGUGGAUUUGCUGAGCAUGUUUCCCUUCUGAUUUGCAUGGCUAAUAUCCUUGUCCUGCUUGUCAUGCAGCAAUUCCUAUUUUUCCUUUAUGGCCUCCUGCAAGGUGACUCUGAGUAAUUCUGGAGUGAAGCUGCGGCGCAAGGUGCUGAAGGAGUGCAGGUUGUGGAGGUUCAGAGCUCCUGGACACAGUCUCUGGUCCUCUCUCCCCAUCUCCGUUGGGUGCUGGAUCCAUCCCUGCCUGGAUGAAGGCAAAAGCUCUGGUGCAGCACUUGCCCUGCUGGGGCCAUGGCUGGGCAGGAAGGUCUGGAGAGCCAGGUGACAAGUGUCUGCAGAAGAGCAGUGUGUGGAGAAGGAAGGGCUGGGAGGAGCCCCGGGUAACAAAUACAGGAAAUGAGUUCAGCACAACCACAAGUUCUCCAUUGUCUGGGCCCCAUCUCCUGUGCAGCCCUGGAGUGAACAAACACCGCUGGCUUUGCAGGAUGAAAGUUAAUUUGGAGUUAAAACCCCAGCCCUCCGCUGCUGGUACUGAAAAGUGGAGCUCCGUGGAGGAGUUGCCACGAGCAGGAGAGGGGGGUGUGUGGGUGGUGCUCAGCUCUGCCAAGGAAAAGGGCUCACGAGGGGAGAAUGAGCCACUGGAGAAAUUCCCUAGCGGAAAAUAGGCACAUUUUCUGCUGGUGCCAGAAGCUCCGAGAGGUUUUUAACCUGGAUUACCCUCACAGCACCUUUCUGCUGAAGACCCUGACCAUUGUGUCCGGCCCUGACAUGGUCGACCUCACCUUCCAUAACUUUGUGUCCUACAAGGAGAAUGUUGGCAAGAGCUGGGCUGACGACAUCCUGGCCAUCGUCCGCAACCCCCUCACCUACAACGCCUCCCGCUACACCUUCCUGGAGAAAAUCCUGGUGAAGCUGAAGAUGCAGCUGAAUGCAGAGGGGAAGAUUCCUGUCAGGAAUAUUUUUCAGAUGUUCCCUGCAGACAGGAAGAGGGUGGAAGCAGCACUAAGUGCUUGUCACCUCCCAAAGGGCAAGAAUGAUGCCAUCAACCCAGAGGACUUCCCGGAGCCCGUGUACAAGACUUUCCUGAUGAAUCUGUGUCCCCGACCCGAGAUCGAUGAGAUAUUCACCUCACACCAUCUAAAAGCAAAGCCCUACAUGACCAAAGAGCACCUGGCCAAGUUUAUCAACAAGAAGCAGCGAGACUCCCGCCUCAACGACAGCCUGUUCCCUCCAGCCAGACCCGAGCAGGUGCAGAGCCUCAUCGAGAAGUACGAGCCCAGCGGGAUCAACAUCCAGAGAGGGCAGCUCUCUCCAGAGGGGAUGGUCUGGUUCCUCUGUGGCCCUGAGAACAACGUGGUCGCUCUGGACAAGCUGCUGCUGUACCAGGACAUGACCCAGCCCCUCUCACACUACUUCAUCAAUUCCUCACACAACACCUAUCUCACAGCUGGGCAGUUCUCCGGGAUCUCCUCUCCCGAGAUGUACCGGCAGGCGCUCCUGGCCGGCUGCCGCUGCGUGGAGCUGGACUGCUGGAAGGGCCGGCCCCCGGACGAGGAGCCCAUCAUCACCCACGGCUUCACCAUGACCACAGAGAUCCUCUUCAAGGAUGCCAUCGAGGCCAUUGCAGAGAGUGCUUUUAAAACAUCUCUGUACCCCGUGAUCCUGUCCUUCGAGAACCACGUGGACUCGCCCAAGCAGCAGGCGAAGAUGGCCGAGUACUGCAGGACCAUUUUUGGAGACAUGCUGCUGACAGAGCCUCUGGAGAAACACCCGCUGAAGCCAGGAGUUCCUCUGCCGAGUCCUAAGGACCUCUUAGGGAAAAUCUUGAUUAAGAAUAAAAAGAACCAAUCUGUAUAUGGGAAAAGGCAGAACUCUUUGAAGAAAGGGAAGAAUGUGGAACCAGAAAUCAUCGAGCAGCCAACCCCUGUGGAUGCUGAAGACACUGUCUGGGCAGGUGACGUGGCUGAAGAGGAGCCAGAGGAGGAGGAUGAACAGCUCGGAAACCUGGAUGAAGAGGAAAUUAAAAAGAUGCAGUCAGAUGAGGGCACGGCCGGCCUGGAGGUGACGGCGUACGAGGAGAUGUCCAGCCUGGUGAACUACAUCCAGCCCAUCAAAUUCGACUCCUUCGAGGUCUCUGCCCAGAAGAACCGCAGUUAUGUCAUCUCUUCCUUCACGGAGCUGAAGGCCUACGACCUCCUGAGCAAGUUCCCCGUGCAGUUUGUAGAAUACAACAAGCGGCAGAUGAGCCGGAUUUACCCCAAAGGCACCCGGAUGGACUCGUCCAACUACCUGCCCCAGAUGUUCUGGAACGUCGGCUGCCAGAUGGUGGCACUCAACUUCCAGACCAUGGACGUGCCCAUGCAGCAGAACAUGGCCCUGUUUGAGUUCAACGGGCAGUGUGGGUACCUGCUCAAGCACGAGUUCCUGCGCCGCCCCGACAAGCACUUCGACCCCUUCUCCCUGGACCGCAUGGACGUGGUGGUGGCCAGCACCCUGUCGGUCACGAUACUCUCUGGUCAGUUCCUCUCGGAGCGCAGCGUCAGGACCUACGUGGAAGUGGAGCUCUUUGGGUUGCCAAGGGACACCAAACGCAAAUACAGAACCAAACUGACCUCCACGGCCAACUCCAUUAACCCCGUGUGGAAGGAGGAGGCUUUUGUUUUUGAAAAGAUCAUGAUGCCUGAGUUGGCCUCUCUGAAAAUCGUGGCUUGGGAAGAAGGAGGGAAGUUCAUUGGCCAUCGUAUCAUUCCCGUCAUUGCAAUGCACUCAGGGUACCACCACGUGUGCCUGCGCAGCGAGAGCAACAUGCCCCUCACCAUGCCCUCCCUCUUCGUGUUCCUGGAGGUCAAGGACUACGUGCCGGACGCUUGGGCAGAUCUCACCAUUGCCCUCUCCAACCCCAUCAAGUUCUUCAACAUGCAGGACAAGCGCUCUGUGAAGCUCAAGGAUGCUGCAGGGGAGAGGCCUGGCACACAGUGGAACAUCCCAUCUGCUGAGACUAAUGGGGUGCCAGACUCUGCUGGGAAACGCAGCAUUCCUCCCUCCAAUGGCUCCACAGGAGCAGCGGCGUUCGCCAGGAAUGAAACCGUGUUAGAAGUGAUGCAGAUGGCAGAGCCUGAGACAGCCACCCUGGCUGAGCUGCAGCAGAUGAAGCGCUUCCUGAAGCUGCUGAAGAGGCAGGAGAAGGAGCUGAGGGAGCUGGAGCAGAAGGGAAGCAAACGGAAGGAGGAGCUGCUGCAGAAAUACUCUGUGCUCUUCUCAGAGUCCAUCUGCCACGAGGGCAAGAAAAGCAUGAUCCACAUGAGGAAAACCCAGAAGAAAAGGAGUGUGACCCAGGGUGCCGUUGGUACCUGUGCAAAUCCCGUGGAAGUGGCGGAGAGCGUGGAUCGCCGGCUCCUGGAGCUGAGGGAGAGGCUGGAGCUGGACCUCGUGCACCUGGGGCAGGAGCACCACGAGGGCAUCCGGAGGAAGAAGGAGCAGCACGCCACGGAGCAAGUUGCCAGGAUCCUGGAGCUGGCCAGGGAGAGGCAGGGAGCCGAGCUGCGGGCGCUGCGGGACACGGCGGAGAGGUAAACACGGCCCUGGGAGCCCAACCAGUGCCCAGCUCUGCCUGGGAGGGCAGGGAACGGGAGCAUUUCCCUUCCUCCACUCCAAGGUGUGAGUGACAUCACGGCAGAGAAAUGCAUAGAUGCUGGAGGAUAGACUGGAAACUGGGAAGGUGGAGGAGGGGAAAAACUCCUGUAUGCUUGUUCUUUUUUACACUUCCCUUCAGCAUCUGCUGCUUCCACUGUUGGGGGCAGGACUCUGACUUUUUUGGGAGGAAUCUUUGUUAGGAACCCCUUAAAAAAACAGACAAACAAACAGAAAAAGCUUAAAUAGGACGUAAACUAUUCUUCAGCCUUCAGGCCUUCUGCUGCCUGACCCCUCGCUCCAGAGGGAUGGGAUGGAGGGCUGCUCCCGUGCUGGUGCCCAGGCCUGUCUCUCCUCUCUCUCCACAGCAAUGUCAAGGACAUCAAGAAGCGGCUGGAGGCGAGGAGGGUGGAGCGGAUCCAGGCCCUGCUGAGGAACACCAGCGACAAGGCUGCCCAGGAGAGGUGCCGGCUGCUCCCGGGCUGUGUCCGUGUGGGAUGCAGGGCCUGCUGCUGCCCGGGGAGCUGAAGGAGUAGAAUUCUGCAUCCAGUUCUCUGCCUUAUGUCUCAGACACCUUGAAACGAUGUUUUAUGUGUCUUUCCUAAGUUGCAGCGGGUUCUCCGUGUGUCAGGACACGGUGGGGAUGUAGCACCCAUGUGGAUGGGUGUGGCACGGAUCCGUAGGGACGAGGGGUGUGAUGGGAACAGAACAGCCGGGUCACAGGUGUCUGUGCUUCCCUUCAAAGGUCCAAGAAGGAAAUCAACAACUCCCACAUCCAGGAGGUGGUGCAGACCAUCAAACGGGUGAGUUCACAGGGGGCCCUGGGGGCAUGGGAGGGUCGGGAACGAUGGGAAAGCCUGGCAGGAGCACGGACACCCCGAGCACGUCGGAGCUGCCCUUCGGAGACCCAAAGCUAAGUCCGUGUCUGUGUGUCUGUCUGUGACACGCGGUGUCUGUCUGUGGGUGUGUCCCU